UCUCUCUCUGGUGAUACAUUAUACAUGUACAAGAAACGCCCUCAAAAAGCCAGAAAACAUCUCAUUUUCCCUGCUUGUCAAACCCAGUUUCUAGACGAAAAAGAUUUGGGUUUUCUUUCUUUCUUAUAUUGAGGAUUCAUCCAUGGAUACUGCUCAAUGGCCACAGGAGAUUGUGGUGAGACCAAUAGAAGAGAUAGUGACGAAUACAUGUCCAAAACCAGCAGGUUUGGAGAGGAAAAUAAGGCCUCAAAAGGAACAAGCUUUGAACUGUCCGAGGUGCAGCUCGACCAACACCAAAUUCUGCUAUUACAACAACUACAGCCUCACUCAACCUAGGUACUUUUGCAAGACUUGUCGGAGGUACUGGACCGAAGGCGGUUCGCUUAGAAGCAUCCCCGUUGGCGGUGGUUCCAGAAAGAACAAGAGACCAUUAUCUUCUUCUUAUAUUCCUUCUUCUUCUUCUUCCAAAAACCCUAAGAUCCAUGAUGGGAAAGAUCUCAAUCUAUCUUUCCCUGUUGCAGCUAUUCAACGCUAUGGGAAUAUAUCUGAAUUGGUUCAGGUUCCAAAUGGCUUAGAAAACAAUAAUAAUAAGAACCAAAUUCAUGGUUCUUCUGCUUCUUCAUCCCCUACUAUUUCUCAACUUUCGGCAAUGGAGUUGCUAACUGGAAUCUCUUCCAGGGGGUUUAACUCAUUCAUUCCCUUGCCUGUUUCAGAUCCGAAUACGGUUUGUGCAUCCGGUUUUCCCAUGCAAGACUUUAAACCAACGCUGAAUUUCUCCCUGGAUGGGCUUGGAACCGCCGGCUACGGUGCUCUCCAGGGGGUUCAAGAGACAACCGGGAGGCUUUUGUUUCCGUUUGAGGAUCUAAAGCAAGUCUCUAACACUUCUGACAUGGAGCAACAGAAAGAGCAAGGUGAUUCGGCUGGUUAUUGGACUGGAAUGUUAGGUGGAGGAUCAUGGUAAAGAAGACGAAAUUUAAUUAAUACGGCUCCUUCUUCUUUCUUUCAUUUUACUGGGUUUUUUUUCUAUAACUCUUGUUGAUUUCUUAAGGUGGGUUUCCUUACUAACAGAAGAUAUACAUGGUUUUCCUUUAUCUCUCUAUAUAUCCUCCUCCUCCUCCUCCUCCUCCUCCUUCUUUCUUAAUUAUAUAGUGUAUCUUGUUUACUAUUCAACUAUGGUGGGAAUUUGAAGCUUUUUUUAAGGUCGGCUUCACUGAAGAAGAUAAUCUAUCAAGCUAAGCCCGGAUCUUUUUAGGGUGAAUUUGUAGGAGAGAAAGGCAUUCAUUCUCCUGUAUCAAAAUCCAGCACAAGGGCAACCCUACUGAAUACAAGUAUAAUUUUCAAGUUUGUAAGGGAUUCCUGGUUGGGAAAAAAAGACUUAAUUUGUUCAUAAAGUUUCCCAUUUCGAUUUUAGUAAACAAAUUGUUGCCUGUUGUUAAUAAUAUUCGAAUAUGAAUCCAUUCCGGAAAGUUU